AAUAAGAGCACAUAACCCGCUGCGCUUCAGUGCGCGCAUAGACGCCGCGCAGGUUGGCAGCAGUAGUGCUGUUUCAGAGAUGGUGUGUGCUAGAGGCAACGUGCUUUGGCUAACCCCGCAACUUCGAUGAGCAACAAACGCACGAAGGGUCUGGUACACAGAGUGCCCACCGGGCUGUGCCCUCUCCAACCUGGGAGCGAAGCAGAGUGGAGAGCGGACAGAGAGAGACCGACGAGGAUGAGAUGGAGAUGACAAACCGAGACUCCAAAGUGGAGUGCGUGAAGUGCGAUGGUUUGAUUAAUUCGGCCAAGGUAUCCGUGCCGCUGUCACUUAUCGGGAAACGGGCAACCAUGGAGGGAGACGACCUGUACAGGUUGCGAGACAGGAAGGUUUUAUUGGAGGAUAAAAAGCGCCUUUGCGCGUUGGCUUUGGGCACCGCUCUGCUCGGCAUUCUGCUCAUGAUAAUCCACGCUGAGAUAUGUCCCUUCGUUUAUAAACCGGGCACAAAUAUCGCCUUAAUCGUCAACUGUUCCAUUACACUGUCCACCGGGUGUCUCAUCGUCCUCAUAAUAGCUUUUCAUUACAAAGACAUCAGGUUGUUUAUCAAUGAUCACAACCAGGUGGACUGGCGCAUUGCCUUGACCAGUCACAGGAUUCUUGUGAUCACACUGGAGCUAUUGGUGUGCUCCAUCCAUCCUAUCGGCACAUACUGGAAGAUGGGCCUUCACGUCAACUCCUCCUCUUCAGCUCCACUCUGUGCCUCCAACCAUCACAACGGGGCCCUGAUGAACUUGGAGCUGUUGUUGUCAGUGCUGAUGUUCCUCCGUUUGUACUUGGUGCACAGAGCCAUCCUUCUGCACAGCAAAGUGCUGCUGAGUGCCUCCUACAGGAGCAUUGGCUCGCUCAACAACAUCAACUUCACCUUCCGCUUUGUUCUCAAGUUACUGAUGAACAAACACCCGGCUCGUACGCUGUUGGCCUUCAUCCUCUUUUUCUGGCUCACUGCGUCUUGGAUGCUUACGCUAUGUGAGAGACAAACCAAAGCAUCAACAGGCCACAUAGACACGUCUCUGUGGCUCAUAGCUAUCACCUUCCUCACAGUGGGCUACGGAGAUGUGGCGCCCACCACCAGCUGUGGAAAAGUGGUGUGUCUCUUCACUGGAGUCAUGCUGGAAAGAGGAAAACAGGGUGUAGGCUGCACCGCCAUGUUGGUGGCAGUCGUUACCAAGAAGCUGGUUCUAAACAAAGGAGAGAAACAUGUGCACUUCUUCAUGAUGGACAUCCAGAUCUCUAAAAGGAUCCGUCAUGCUGCUGCUAAUGUGCUGAGGGAAUGCUGGCUGUUGCAUCGCACCAGCCUGACAAACGGCAACCGCGGUGAGCACCGAAGACACCAGAGAUGUCUUCUGGAAGCCAUCAGAGUAUUCCGUCAUUUACGCUUCAAACACAGACAACUGAGAGAUUACGUGAGUGAGAUGGUGGACCUCCCCAAGAUGCAGAUGAUCAUGUGUGACCUGAGCGCCAACUGGAAUAAUUCCUAUCGGGAGCUGGAGCAGCGUAUCCUCUCCAUGGAGCAGAAGCUGGAUGAACUCAGUCGCUGCUUCCAACAGACCUCAGAGCUGCUGUCUCAGGUCCUACAUCACCACACUCCAGAGAUCAGGUGACAUGGCUCUGUGCUUUUGUUAAGAAUGGAGACAGUAGGCUUCCUUCUGUUUUGUCAUUCAAAUUAUCCAUGAAAAUGAGACAGUAAAUCAUCUCCACCCUCAGCUGCCCCAGACUUUUAACAUACUUUGAACCAGCAAUAGGACUAGCACACCUAUCGGAUCUCUCAUCUUUUGGCUCUGUGCUGAGUGCAAGACACAGCGACUCACGGACAAAAUAAGACUUCUAUUCAUCGUGGGAGAACAUGUGCUGUGCCUUUUGAGAGACAUGAUGCAAUUUUAGCUGUUGAUAACAGAAUUAAUCUGAAACAAGGACUGUGGAGAUCCAUGUGACCCACUCAGUCCUUGCUUCCAGAAUUAUCCUUGUAACUGUCAUUUGAAAGGUUUCAUUGAUGGACUCUGUUACUCUUAUUCCUGUGGAAUGAGAUACAGUACAUAUCUUAAAUGCAAAUUUUAUUUUAAUGUUGUAAUGUUUUUAUCAGUGUGAGGCUGACCUCUUUGCCUCAUUCAAAUCCUCCAUCCAGUUGAGAAAUUGCCAAACUGGUUGUUGCUUGGUAACAGACUUAUCCAAGUAUCUAGUAAUUCAUUGCUCUGCAUUUCUUCAUCCUAGGUAACAGCGAAUACAAAACAUGCUGCCCCACCAACAGAAGAAACUACUCAUUAGAUUAAGUAUCUUUAUUGGAAAUUGUAAAAAUCCUUUUGAUCUUAACAGACGUCAAAUGAAACUCAUAUCAAUGGCCACACUGAAGGGUGCAAUCAUUUUGACAGUUUACACCUGUUCUAAGAACCGUUUUACUUUAGACUUGUGAGUGAAUCUUAACAGCUCAACAGCUCUAUCUAGUGGACAUUAAUAUAGUAAACUAUUAUUGUGUCAUAACUAAAACUAAACAUUUAACUAUCAUAAACAGUGGUAUGUUAUUUCCAACCUGAAUCAUGUCUUAGUGGAAGGGUUAAUCAAGGAUGGACAAACUGGACAAGCGCUUCAUCUGGAGGAUAAACUGGAGUCGUGUUUCAACUCAACAGUAAAAAAAAGGUUUCUUAGUUUAAUUUGUACUUCAGUGCAUUGUCAGAAGAACUUACGAGGAACUUACUUCUUUUAAUAAAUAACAUUUGCACAGGAUAAAAGCAUGUCAACAGCCACCCAGGACAUGCUGACAUUACAAAUGACUGUGUGACAUGAUUUUACUUUGACUAUCUGACUUGGUAACACAAAUUAAACAGAACAGUGACUAUCA